UGUUCGUCUUCUGUUCGUCGAUCACGUUGUGAGACAAAAUGGCGAAGCACCAUCCAGAUUUGAUUAUGUGCAGAAAACAACCAGGUGUUGCAAUUGGACGGCUCUGUGAAAAAUGUGAUGGCAAAUGUGUGAUUUGUGAUUCAUAUGUGAGACCAUGUACUCUAGUCCGGAUCUGUGAUGAAUGCAACUAUGGUUCGUAUCAGGGAAGAUGUGUCACUUGUGGUGGACCUGGUGUAUCUGAUGCCUAUUACUGUAAGGAAUGCACAGUGCAGGAGAAAGAUAGAGAUGGUUGCCCAAAAAUUGUAAAUCUUGGUAGCUCAAAGACAGAUUUAUUCUAUGAAAGAAAGAAAUAUGGUUUUAAAAAGAGAUAAUGCAAAAAGAAGACACACAAUAACCACAAUUCUCAUCAAUGUGUAAGAGGCUAUACCAGCAAAGAUAUGGGAUAGAGCAAGUGACCCAAACUUUGUAAACCUAAGACACUGUGCCUUUCAUGACUAACUAUAUCUGCUUGU